GUGGGCAGAACAUUAUCUUACUCCGCAUAACGAAUUUUCGCAUAGAAGCAGAUAUGUCUUCUCGGUUUACAUCGUCUUCUAUUGAACGUUACAACGAUUUCUCUCGGUUGAACCCUGCAAUAGUUGGAUGGCAUGUUCACGUUAAGGUUUUGCGUCGCUUCCACACCGAUGACUAUAUAUCAAAGGGUGGGCUAGGGUUACUUCUGGUUGAUGAUAAGGGUAAUCAGAUCGAAGCGUUUAUUUGUUCACCGUUGACUUCUCAUUAUUCAACGUUUAUUGAAGAAGAUGAAUUCUACACUAUUAUGAAUUUCAGAGUUGUGGAGAAUUCGGGAUUCACUAAACUAACAAGGAGCGACUUUAAGAUAAUGUUCUAUGAUGGUACUAUCGUUAAAGAAGCGUCUUCGUUUUCUCAAGAUGACUAUAUUGUCGCUACACCUUUUGGUGCUAUUUUCAAUGGAUAUCAUGAUACUUCUUAUCUCAUAACUUUGAUUGGGCGGAUCGUCGAGGCGAGUGAUCUUACGAACGUGACCGAUGAACCAUCUGUCAUAGGGGGAUACAGAUACUCAUUCACCAUUGAAGAUCAAGAGUACGAUUUCUUUCAUCGUUGGAAGAAGACCCUCAAGUGUUGUGCAUAUGGAGAAGUGGCGAUAGAAUGCCAUGAUCGGUUUAGAAAUGUGAUUGGUACGGAUGUUACGUGUGUUCUUCGCUGGUGGAAAGUUUAUCAACUCCUUGAUGGAUGGAGGCACGGUACGAAAAUCCGAGCCGCCAUUCGCGAAAGUUUGGUAACUAGGUUUUCGCCAUUACUGAUUGAGGAUCUCUGGAUGAUAUUAAGAAAAUUUUCGUUAAUCCCUGAUGUCGACGUAGUCAGAACUACUCCACAUAGAUUCAAGAUUCAGUUCUCUCCUGAUACAUGUGUCGAAUAUCUUAAUUACAUCGCAUGUGAUUAUGAUUACUUUAACUUUGCGAGAUUUCGUGAUAUUCGUACGGGUAUAAGUAACCCGUAUAUCUGUGUAGAUUUGGUCGGGAGGGUCGAUAAUGUGAAUGACAUACAACUCGUGCAGAUGGUGGGCUCUUCGAAAGAUAUUUAUGUGGUUUAUUUUGACCUAAUUGAUACAAAGCAUACGCGUUUGAGUAUCAGACUGACUGGUGAAACCGCCGUUAGAUUUCAUCGACAGUGGAAAGUUAACACCGAUGAUGUCGUGGGAUCCAGAUGCGGUGAUGGGGUUCUUUCUCAAUUUCUGGAUGUUAGAUCCGAUUCUUCGUGUCUCGCUGACGUCGAGGAAAACGUCAAAGAGUAUCUCGAUGAUGUGUCUGAUGCAGUUGAUCUUUCUUCUGUCUUGCAUGUCGAGGCCAAUGCUGCAGUUCUAUCGUUCGAUGAGUUCAAGGAUGUGCUUUCGGAUCUAGGUGCAUUGUCGGCCGAUAAAGACUACGUUUUGGCCGUACUUUACCUGCGUUUUGUCGCUGCUGGUAUGAAGCCAUACCCGUCUGACGGUCUUGAGUGUGAUGAGACUUUAAUGAAUACCAAUGAAGAUACUCUUGAGUGUAUUAAUGAUAUUGUUAUCAGUAGUUGGCGUUUAUGUCCGGCGUAUCUACGCCUUCGUUUUGCUGAAUCGUUGAUACUCUAUACAAGCAUUCAUGUCCAGACGGUAUGGGACGCUUGCUAUCGAGUUUUGAGUGGUGAUGUGUUGGCUGAACAGAAGAUCGCGCGUAAUAAUCCUGGGUUGGAGUUAUCCGAUGUGCAAUUAGAGUGGUAUGGUUUUCGUGUUAUGCGUAAGGUGAUGGGUGAUCUUGGAUUCCAUCAUGCCGGUUUUGAAGGUGUGCGUCUUGGUAUAGUUCGCCGACUCUUAACUUACAAAUGUGAUGACAUGUCAAUGUGAUAUUGGCCUAGAUUUGUUAUCGUUGUCUUGGUUUUGUUUUUAUCGUUGUUAUAGUUUCGGUAUUGGUUUACUAUUCGACCUAAUACUAUCAAUAUAAUAGUGUCUUGGUG